AUGCCGGCUGCUACCUCGACCUCCCGCGCCAACGGUCGCUCAAAUAGCUUUGGCAACGCCAAGUUGCUUGUUGUACUCAAGCUGUCUUCUAGUCUUUUGAAGAAAUUUGCACCUGUCCCAGAGAGCAAGGACAAGAGACGGAAGAGCAGCGGCGGUGCCGCCAGCAACAAGAGGGGCGAGUCGCAUGCCGACUCCCCUACCAAAAAGGAAGAAGCGCCUUCAUCUCCGGCGUCAUCCGCCAUUGAGCCACCUCCCGCCUCCUCGGUGGACAAUGCCUCCGACGCCGCUUCAACACCCGUACCCGGCACCUCUGCGGAUGCUAAUCGAAAGAGCCUUUCUGGCCCCAAGACUGGUGCUAAAAGGGGGCUCAACGCAACUUCAGACAACUCUCUCAAGCCGAGAGGGAAACCCGGCCCUAAGAAGAGACCUAGGCUUGAGGAUGGUACUACGGAAAACGUGAGACUGAGCACUCACCGGCUGGGUCCUAAAGCCAACACUGGAGCGAUUAAUGCCGGCCUUCGCGCUCUUGACCGAAGCGGAACCCCAUGUCGCAAGUGGGAACGCAAGCCUUUGCAGUUAAAAAGCUUCACUGGUGUACAAUGGGCGCUUCCAUCCUGGCGGGCCCCUCGCACACAGAAGCAGGAAGCAAACGGAGAGACGAAGGAAGGUGUCCUUGAAACUGGAGACAGCGACAGCAGGGCCAACCAAAGUGCAAGCGGUGUCCCCAGUGAAAAGAGCAACUCUGGUGAUGGCGAUCUCACACCUGCUCAUCCCAGUAUGGUCGGGCCAUCCUCUCCUGCUGUCGCCAUGGCUGCAUAG